AACUUCAAAAUGUAUAUAUGUGUAUUGCUUCAAAAUACUUAUAGGCAAAGAUUCCUUACGAUUAUGUAGUUUAUUCAAUUUAAUGAACAAUAAUUUCGUAAUAUAUGUAUAUGAAAAAAUAUUGAGCCCUUUGCUGAUAAUAUUUUAUUAGUAUUAAAAAGAAAAAAAAAAAACUUUAAAUCCUUUGCUUACAAUGUUCUAUAAGCAUCAAACAUGCUCGUAACGUCACUUACUAGCUAAAAUCAGGUACAAUGAAAUAGUCUAUAAAAACAUUGAGCUCUACUCAUGCAAGAGUCUUCUAGUAUCAAAAUGUGUCGCUUUAUAGAGGCCCGCAGCAAAUUGGUUCACUGGUGUCAGGUACAACGAAGUAGUCCAAAAAAUAUUUGGCCCUAUAUGUACGAGAUUCCUUUAGAUGCAAAAAUGUCACGAUUUUUAUAGGAACGCAGCCAAUCAACCCUAACGUCUAUUGGUUGCUAAUAAUAUUAUGUCAUCUAAAAAAUAUUGAGCUUCUUUUCAAAAAAUAACACAAACAAUUAUACAAGACGCAGCUUAUUAGAUCGAAUAUCUUGCAUGAGAGAGAGAGUUUGGCAUUUCAGACUUUACGCAAUUUGCUUACAUGGCUCCAUAAGCAGUAAUCAAAAAAAUUAAUCUAAAAAGUAUUGGGCUUUUAACUCUCGAUGUAGAUUUGCACUUAUAGAAGUGAACUAUUGAUCAUUGCAUCAACAACAUAAUAAUAAUAAAAUCAAAUCUUUUAUGUUUGCCUUUAAACACAGAGGUUGUAUCAGAUUAUAUUGUACUGUGGUCGCGUUCUUCGACCGAUAUGUCGAAUUUUCGAUACCAACCUACACGCAAAAACUUCCAAAGUUUCUGCCAAAUUUGAGGCGAACUUUACCGGCCAGGAGAGUGUUUACAACAGACAAACGGACAGAUGGACAUACCUAAAUCGGUUUAGAAUUUGACGCUGAUCAAGAAUACGUCUACUUUAUGGGGUCUCUGGAACUUUCUUCCGGGCAUUGCGAACGUUCGAUAAAAAGAAUAAUCUACAAAUUACUGAAUAGAGUUCUGUCGGAAUUUGACAUAUUAGGACGUGGGAAAAAUCACUUAUCUGCUCAAAUCGGGUAGGGUAUUGACUCUUUCUUCCAAAGAUGUAGACUAGCAAUAUAAAUGCAUGAGUACAUCAAGAUGCCGAUCAACGUGAAUAUCGUUUUAUUUGUUGGCUUUUGAACCUAGAACAACAGCGACAUUGUGUCAUAUCUUUCUUUUGAAGUUAUCUUCAGUCAUUCUUUCCAUUUUGUCAGACCAAUUUUUCUACGAGCUGUACUGUCAACAACUAAAACGAUUGUAAUUUGCAAGAAGAGGUCAAAACUUUCCAAUAGAAGCGUGCCAUUGUCGGACGGCAUAUAAAUCUUACGACCCGAAAAAAAUUGAAAAAUCUCGACGAAACAUAGUAAAAUUCCGAAACGCUUUUCAAUACACACUUGUGUGUUACGGUCUCUCCAGAAAUCCCUGAAUAGUAUUAAGUCUAUUAAGUUAUCGCUUUCCCGCUAAUCUUGUGAAUCCGUCAUCUUUAGACAAAUUAACAGUUUGCGCUGAACUGAAUAAUUAACACCAACAACGACUUGGCAUUUGGAUUAAUAUUGCAUGUAUGAUUUUAUUAUGUAUUGUUUGGCCCUUGUAUGAGAAUUUUUUUCAUUGCACAACACAAUAGUGGAAAAAUUGCAAUGAAUUUUGCGUAAGCGUACUAAAGCUAUUUUGAAAAAGGAAUAAAAAAAAAAAAAAAAAGAAACAUUUUUCAAAAUUGAUUGCAACGAGUUGAAAGUUAGGCCAGCCCAAUAGCGAGUCGUAUUUAAUAGCCAUGAAUAAUCUUCAUAACAAUAGCAAGUUAACGAAUCCUUCAAUUAAUGGUAACGCCUUGGAUGCUUUACCGAAAUCGUUUGUGGUCUCUAUGAAAACUCUUUUCGAUAUAUUAGAUGAUCAACUAACUGGCUAUGUUAAAUUCAGUGACAUUGAAAAGGGAUGGCAAGAUGACGGCAACAAAGGUUUACCACAUGGGGUCUUGGACUCGUUGCGCAAAGUCACGCCCGCCAAUGGCUUAUUAACGUUUGAACGUUUCUGUGCCGGUUUAAAAUUAUGCUUGCUACGCAAUCAAAAUCAAUUAAAGACAAAUGAUCUAAAAACCACAACGACAUUAACUCCUGUUAAUGGGAUUUGGAAAGCAAAGAGUCCAUUGAAAGCAUCCCGGCCACCUUCCGCUCCCAGUCUAGCUAUAGAAAAUCCAAUACCUAAUAAUCCUUGGUCCGAUAAUGUCAAAACAAAUCACAUAUCUUUUAGCCAAAGAGCUUUAAGUUUACCACAACUUAGUCCAGACUCGGAAGGGGAAUUAGCUACAUUGCCUCACACUUUACGAUCACCACCAAAACCACCAAGAGCUUCUGUAACGAAUACUGUAAGUGUUAAUAAAACGAAUGCAAUAGUUUCUGCUUCAACUGUGGAUCGUAAUGAAAUCCGCCAUGCCUUACAAAAUUGGCAAUUGAAUAUAUUGCGUAAUAAGAUGGAGAACAAGGAUAAACUAAGUCCAGCCAACUAUUUGCAACAGUGCGGGUAUAGAGGUAGCGCUGACGGCGGUUCUUCUUCAGCUACAGACAGUGGCAAUUUCAUGAAUCUCCCUUUGAAAAAGUCCUCAUCAAAGAGACGUGAACCCCGAAGGCAUACUCUACAAAACGGUAUAGACUACAAUAUGCUGAAACGUCUUAAACAAUACGAAGAAGAGCGAGAAGUUUUACUCUUAGGGCUGGAGGCUGUUAACAAAGCUCGAGAAUGGUAUACGCAACAGUUGAUCAAUGUUCAAGAAAAAAUUAAAUAUUUAGGACGAAUGGGAAACAAUUACACGGAACAAUGGUCCGAAGUUCAAGAAGAACGGUUAAACUUCCAGAGAGCUCGCGUUAUUGAGGUGAAUCGAUCACUUUCAACUUUACCCGACACUUGGGAAAGAGAAGGCUUCCCGUUACAUAUUAAUUUAGCCAUAAGGUCUCCAAAUAAAAGUCUUAAUCAACGCCUCAACAAUGGCUUACCACUGAAUAGUGUAAAUGACAGAUUACGUCAGCAGAAUCGUUUGCUUACUAGUGAAGUUCAUUUAAAAAGUGAACGUAUUGCUAUGUUAGAACGCGAAAAACAAACUUUGCUUGCCGAACUAUUCGAUUUAAAACAACGAUCUGGCCUCACUAGGCAUACAAAUAGUUAUUUAAAUGCUCUUAGCCAAUCGUCACCAGGUUGUAGUUCAUCCUCCGGUGGCUUAGGAGACGCGGAUGUAGUUUAUUAAGAGCAACAUUUUAUUUAACAACAUUGUUUAAUUAAAUGCAUCUUGAUAUUAAAUUAAAAAUUAAAAUGAAUUUUAAUUCUAUUCAAUAGAUGCA